AUGACUGAGUCUUAGUGUUAAAUUUGCAUUUAAUUUGAAGCUGAAGAUAUUUGUAUCCUCUCCGAAAUGCUAAGUUAAAUUACUACUCCAAUUUCUGACCAUAAAAUACCUAUUCAGAUGUUUCCUUACAUUUUUAAAAGUUUGAAGUUCCGUAAAUGUCUUGCUCAAAUAUUUGAUACCAAGUACCUUGAAAUAUGCGAAAAAUGCUCACAUAAUAGACUUUAGCAGGUGUUUUUGCCUUUAUUUUCAUCUACUGUUACUGAAUAUAAUGAAACUUAAUUAACAUAACAAAUAGAAGAAGGAUUAGACAAAUUAUAUGAAUCCAUACAAGAGAAACAAUAAAAACUCAAGUAAUCCAAAGAAUAGUUUGAUAAACUGGCUUCUCAAUUGUUUAAUUGUGAAGAUGACGUAGAAGAGAGCAAUUCAUUAGGAGAGGAAAGCAGUAGCAAUGAAGAAAUCAAAAAAAAUGAGGAUGAUGACCAACAACCCAUAAUGCAGUUUAACAAAAAUUCUAACAAGAACAAAUUUCAGAAGAGAUCUAUAGACAUUCUUAAAAAGUGGUUUUUGGAUCAUCUCGAUAAUCCAUAUCCAGAUAAUACAGAAAAGUAGAGACUCUCUAAGAUUACUGGAAUGCACGUUCGAUAAAUUUAAAAUUGGUUUACAAACUCGAGAAAAAGAUAUUUGGAACCUUUAAAAAAGAAAUUUGAGCAUGGAUUAAUGAAGGAUAGUGAUAGUCAAGAAGAAGACUCCUCUAAAGAAUAGAAAAAACCGUUAAAGAUAACUUAAUAGCAACAACAAUAAUAAUAAUAGAUAAUCUAACCUUAAUAAUUGAAUAUUGCUUCGUAAUAAUUACAAUAAUAAUAAUUUUAAUAACAAUAAUAAUAAUAAUAAUUUUAACAAUAAUAAUAAUAGUAAUUAUAAUAAUAAUAGUUACUAUAAUAAUAAUUUCAAAUGCAAAUACCACUUUAAAAGAAAGUGAAAAUGGAGGAAGGCAGCCAAAAUAAAUCCUCCGAUCCAAACAACAUUAAGUAGGAAGCUAAAAUUGGAUAAUUUCCUUCAGAUCUUUUAUAAUUCCAACAGCCUAAUCAAUUUUAGUAAUUCUAAUAGAUGUAAUAAAUCGCUCAAUUAUAACAAUUACAAUGGCUUAAUCCUCUAAAUCAAAUAAACCCUCCUCUUUAAUUUUAAAUUCCACCAUAAUUUUUAUCUCAAUAUUAUAACUUCUAAGAUCAAUCAAAAACCCCUCCUCUUAACGGAAUACCCUAAAUGCACUAAGUUCCUCUAUUUCAAAUAUUGCCCUCAUUGCAAUAAGCUGGAUUUCAAUAAUUUUUAUAGUAAGGUCCAGGAUAACCAAUUUAAUAACAAGUUUAACUUCCAAAUAUGUAGGCUUAACUACCUUAAGUGUCCAACAUACAAGCACUUUAAGCAGGAUUUCAAUAGUUAAAUGGACAAAUGUAAAAUCCUUAAAAUGGAUUAUUGUACCCGAUGUAUUAAUAGUAAAUGCUUAAUGAAUAAAAGAAAUGA